GUACCAGCACGUGACCAAGGCACUCUGGGAAAUCUACCCCUAAUAAAAAGGCCGCGGGCGAUCAUUUACAUCAGGGUGGAAUAGCGACAGCGAAGGCAAAGCUUUUUUACAUCCCUUUUAUCGGCUUCGAGAAAUGAUGCUUCAAGCUAAAGCCUUCGGGCUAGUAAUAUGUUUACUGGCCGUCAGCAACGUGAUGAUGAAAUCGACAUCCGAGAUCUACAGGGAGCUAGAGGAAGUUCUGGAGACCUUAGAAGAGGAGAAAAGGGAAGAGGAAGCAGCGAACGAAAUUAAUGGGAAUGUCUUGACGCGGAUGAACAAUGCUAACUACACUCUCGCUGUGCAAGCCAUACAGGAAGCCAAAGUUCUACUCGAGAAGGAGUAUGCUGAAAUAAGAAAUCCUCAUUUUCUGGCAGGUGAUGACAAAAAAUCUGGCUCAGCAUCGGCUUCGACAAUGGAAGGUCUUAACGACCUGACCUACGGUUCCCAUGGUGAACAGGAAGAAAACAAAACUCUGAUAGCGCUUUUUGCCGCGGAAAUUCUCAUCAACAAACACAACUUCAAGGACAUCGAGGAGUUGGCAAGUGAUGGUGGCGUUAGAAAGGCGUUUAGGGAAGAAGAGGGGAACUGUAAAGGAAAAAAUAAAAUCCUUGACCUCAACUGCACUCUAGUGGAGAAUUCGCCGUACAGGACAAUCAAUGGCACUUGUAACAAUCUGGAUAACCCGCUCUGGGGUUCUAAAGACGCAGUCCAAAUCCGGGUCUUGUCUGCAGAUUAUGACGAUGGGAUUGGCUCCCCAAGACAAACUAGCGUGGAUGGUGGGGAUCUUCCAAGUGCCAGGACAGUGACAAGAACUGUACUUGUGUUUGAUACUUCGGGUAACCCAUCCAAUUCCACACCGGAAGACCAGUUUAGGACAAUGAUGAUGACAGUAUGGGGACAGUUCCUCGACCAUGACAUCACAGAAACCCCAAUGACGAAAGGUAGAAACAAUACCAAUGUGGCUUGCUGCCAGUUGCCAAAGGCACAGAGAGACGAAAGGACCACCCAGUGCGUGCCCAUUACAAUUGAACCUGGCGACGUUCGUCUCACGGGAACUUGUAUGGAUGUAAUACGGUCCUUGCCAACCAGAGAAAAACCAUGUAUUCCAGGGGUUCGAGAGCAAAUCAACGGCAUCACAUCUUUUAUUGAUGCUUCCCAGGUGUACGGCUCCGAUGAGGAAGUAGCUCACGAACUUCGGACAUUCAGUAACGGUUUACUGAAAGUUGCUGGUCCUAACCUGCUACCGAAAAACAAAGACCCAUCAGCUUGUCUCCUGAAGAACACUAAUACACACUGCAUGUUUGCUGGCGACAUACGAGUGAAUGAGAAUCCUCACCUUGGGGCGAUACAUGUCGCCUUUGUUCGAUUCCACAAUACUUUGGCCACACGUAUGAAGACCGCGAAUAAUGCCCUCGAUGAUGAGGCUAUAUAUCAGCGGUGUAGGAAGUUAAUCGGCGCCAUUAUGCAGCACGUGACCUAUACAAAAUGGCUACCGGCAGUGCUCGGAGAAAAGCUAAUGAGAAAGCAUGAUCUCGAACUAACCGACGAGGACGACUACAACGUCAAGAUCAACCCGUCCACCAUGAACCAGUUCAGUUCUGCGUCCAUGCGAUAUGGCCAUACACUGGUGAACGAGUUGAUAGCCUUGUGGAACACAAGUUUUCAUGCGGAGAGUGAGGAGAGACUCGAUCAAAACUUCUUCAUUGUAGAUAAGCUCUUCAAUGAAUCAGCAUUGCGAGAUAUGUCCCGUUGGAUGGUGUCGUCUCCUUGCAAGAAGUCGGAUGCAUUUUUCGCCGAUCCAAUUUUCAAUCACUUAUUUAACAAUGAACUGGACCUGGCGGCUGUGAACAUCCAGAGAGGACGGGAACACGGACUCCCAGGCUACAUGGCAUUUAGAAAAAAAUGCAACUUGCCUACUGUGGACAAAUUCAGCGAUCUGCACGACAUUGAACCUGAUUUCCGAAACAAAUUUGCCAAUGUGUACAAGAAUGUGGAAGACAUAGAUCUGUUUGCCGGGGCUAUUGCGGAGAAUCCAGUAAGCGAUGGGCAUGUGGGUCCUACAUUUGGCUGCCUGAUGGGGAUGCAGUUUCGGACCCUUAAAAGAGGUGAUCGUUACUGGUUCGACCGCACUGGAGACAUUGAAGGACUCACAGAGGAUCAGGUUGAUGCGGUGAAAAACUUCCCCCUUGCCAAGUUGUUCUGUGACACUUUUGGCUUAAACAGAAUUCAGGAAGACAUUUUCAGUAUACCAAGAGUGAACGAGUUUAAGGCCUGUGCAGACUUUGAGGAGUUCGACAUUGCACCUUUCCUCGUUACAUGAUGAUGUUUUCCAGAACACGAGACACUUGGAUGAAUGAUUACGUUUUUUUACCCAUUAAUAUAUUCUGUGUUGAAUCAAGUUACUUUUGUAUCGCUCAUCGUCCAAACUUCAUGUGACGAACCAAAACAUUAUUAUAUCAGUUUCUUGUUUUGUUAGCAUAAGUACAGUACAGUUCAAUCCGGUAACGCUUGCCCUCGGAAGCGUGAACCAACACGACACCUUGACGUUUACAAUUAACUCUGCAUUGGUACAAAAUAAAGUUGACUUUCAUUCGACAUUAAUUCAUAUCUGUUCGCGAAAAAAUGCAUAUUAUAAUAUUUUUAUUUUGUCCACAAAUGUACAUCGUAAUAUAUCUCAUGCUGUUUUAGUUACUAGUGCUGUUUGUCAAUAAAAAUCUUUUUGCAUAUAAUACCGAA